AUGCCUACGGGGACGCCAACUCCUUGGUCUUAUGCUCUGAUACGAUUCCUCUUCCGAUUUGUGCUCAAGAUAUUUUACGGAUCUAUCGUCGUUGAAAACGUUGAUGCCAUCCCAAAGAAUGGAAGGCCCUGCAUUGUCUGUGCCAACCACAGCAACUCACUUACGGACGCGCUGUUACUCGUAACUUCUAUUCCGACUAAUAAACGGAACAUGCUCCGUCUCACCGCGAAAGCGACCCAAUUUGGUCAUCGAACAUUUACAAGUUGGCUUAUAGAAUCCGCUGGGACGGUUCCCAUUAAGAGAAGAAAGGACCACAGAGAUGGAAAUGCAGACAACUCGGAGGUGAUGGAGCACCUUAUGAAGGCUCUCGAACUAGGAGAUGCUGUUUGUCUGUUUCCUGAAGGGAUGAGUCGCUACCACCCUACGAUCGCACCUCUCAAGACGGGAGUGGCCAGGCUUGUCUCCGACGUUCUCUCGAGAAACAGAGAUGACCCAGACUUUGAAAUAUCGGUCCUACCAGUUUCAAUCACAUACAUGCAUCGACAACACUUCCGCUCAGAUGUCUUAGUCACCUUCCAAUCACCACUAAUGUUCACUCCCAAGAACAAUCCCGAACUCCUCAGCCCUGUUGAAUUCACGAACGUGCGUGAGUUGACAGCUCAGCUGCACGAAAAAAUUGCCAGUGGGACGUAUGACUCGCCGUCCUGGGACCUCAUACGCUGUGCGAAGCUUGCUGCGCGAAUGUACGCGCCGCUCGGGACGAUGAUGACUCUCGGUGAUCAUGUACGAAUCAGUCUUUCAUUUCUUGAAGUCUUCAAGUCACCCCAGGAUUACCUCCCGGCCGGGAGCGAAACUGAGGUCGAGGAGCUUCGUGAUCUACAAUCAUGUCUCAAGGCAAGCCAUCCUUUUGUCUUAUUGUUUGAGCGAAUCAUUGACCGCUCAACCCAGGCUUACCAAGAUCGCCUUGCGAAAUGGGGGAUCAAGGAUGAUCGCAUCCGACGGCCUCUUCCUCGCCACACCAUCCUCUCUCGACUCGUCAUUCGCUUGAUGUGGUCUGUCUGCCUCUUUGCCGUCUCGCUGCCAGGCCAGGCCCUCUGGGUACCUAUAUUCGCCACCACUUUUUACGCAGUGCACAAUUUCAAGAAGACCGGACCCAUCUUCGACACCUGGGACGAGAUCGCGCAGUACAAGCUCAUCUACGGCCUCAUGUCGGGAAUAUGCGUCUGGAUAUCUGCAGUCGCCCUGACGUGGCCGUUCGCUAUUGUCACCGUAUUUUUGGUCCCUGCGUUUAUGUGGAUGACUCUGCGCUGGUUCGAGGACGCAGUUGCCAGUUUUCGGGCCUUCACGGCGUUAUUCCGCCUGCUCCGCGUGGGCAAGCCGACAUUAAAAGAGAUGCACGAGAUCAGGAGGGAUUUGCAUUCUCGUGUCGUAGAAUUAGCGGUCGGGAAGUUGAAUCUGCCUGAGGAUCCCGAAAUGUACUUUACCCGAGCGGGCGGAAGGGAGAAAGGGCGGAUUAGAGGCAGUUGGGAUAGCCGAGCAAGGUAUUUUUCGAUCAAGAGGAGGCGCAAACGUGACUGGAACGAGACGCUACGCCUAUAUGAUAAGGUAGAUUAUCCAGAAGACGAAUAA